GCAUUUGGGAGCCGGCCGGAGCCGAGAGCGGAAGACGAUGAGCCGCGAGAGGGGAAUGAGCCGCAGCCAGCGAGUGGGGGAGAGGAUCGCGGGCGAGAAGGGGCCGCGCAGGAAGCUUCGAACAAAAAAUCGCAUCCUAAUACACCACCACACUUGAAAAGAGAAACAGCGUGGCUGUAUCUGAACCAUGAUGGCAGAAUCCCUGCCCUUUUCACUGGGCACACCAGUGCCCACCUGGGAAUUGGAAGCCUGGUAUGAGGACUUGCAGGAAGUGCUGUCCUCGGAUGUAUCCAACAGGACAGACCCCUCCGUGGGGGAACAGGAGCAGAAGGAAUUUGAUGGCUUUGAUGGUGCUGCUCUGUUGUGGAACUUGGAGACUUCCAAUUCCUUGGAGCUUAAUGGGGAUGUAGUGGCAGGAAACUAUGAGUUGGAGCCUGAUCUUGCAGCAGAACUUUUGGAACAACUGAGUGAGGAGCCUCCAGGGCCAGCUGAGUCUGAUUCUAGUCAUGGCUCUCCUACACAGACCGGCACAGAUGAUGACGAGGGGAUGUCUACUAGCCGGAAGAGGCGGCAGAGCAGACAGCCUCACGGUGGCAAGAGACAGCGUGGCAGAGAGCGAGAGCAGCAGAAUGAGCGCAAAGUGGCUGAGUUGACAGCUCAUAACGAGUAUCUCCAGCAGGAAAUAGAGCGCUUGAGUGCUGAGGUGGAAGCUACACGAGCAGCGCUCAUUCAGCGGAUGGUGAGCCUAAAGACAUAAUGAGUCUGGAACACUUUCUGAGCUGAAAUUUUAGCUCCUUGCUAUGGACCAAAGUGUGUAGGGCUUUAUCCUUUCCAAAUGGAGUGACUGUGCAGCAUACUGAAAAGGAGGGGCCCUUGUUGACACAUUAAAGCACAUCAGUGCCCUCGACACUUAUUUUGAACUUGAAGCACUCUGAGUAGCAAGUGGACUUCCCUUGCAGAACUGUACUAUGUGUA